AUGAAGACCUCCUUCGUCGUCGCACUCUUGUCCUUGGCUGUCGCCUCCCAGGCCGCCAUGACUCGCAUCAACCUCAAGAAGGCUGACUUGACCCCCGCCGAGAGACUCGAUGCCUACGCCGAGACUGGCUCGUACAUGGCCCAGAAGUACUUUGGCUCCCCUGCUCGCAAGAUGAAGGCUGACCAGGCCAGCCAGAUCUUUGGUCUCGAUGCCGAGGGCAAGCCCUCGUAUGGAGUUCCUCUUUCGAACUACAUGAACGCCCAGUACUAUGGUGACAUCUCCAUUGGAUCGCCUCCUCAGACCUUCUCCGUCGUCUUCGACACCGGUUCGUCCAACCUCUGGGUCCCCUCGACCCACUGCAGCUCCAUUGCCUGCUUCCUCCACCGCCGUUUCGAUUCCAAUAAGUCCUCGACCUUCAAGUCUAACGGCACCGAGUUUGGCAUCCAGUACGGCUCUGGAUCGCUCGAGGGUAUCAUCAGCAACGACAACCUCGAGGUUGGUGGCAUCGUCGUCAAGCAUCAGGACUUUGGCGAGUCUGUCAAGGAGCCCGGUCUUGCCUUUGCCUUUGGCAAGUUUGACGGUAUCUUUGGUCUUGGCUAUGACACCAUCUCCGUCUUGGGUGUUGUCCCCCCCUUCUACAACCUUGUCAACCAGGGCUUGAUCGAUGAGGCCGUCUUUGGUUUCUACUUGGCUUAUGCUGACGGUGCCACCGGUGGCCAGAUGACCCUCGGAGGUGUCGACUCGAACCACUUUGAGGGUGACCUUGACUGGUACAGCGUCCGUCGCAAGGGCUACUGGGAGAUUGACCUCAACAAGAUCAAGUUGGGUGACGAGGAGGUCGACCUCGAGGGAGGCGCCGUCAUCGACACUGGCUCGUCGUUGAUUGUCUUGGAGACUGCUCUUGCCGAGAUGAUUAACAACCAGAUUGGCGCCAAGAAGAACUAUGCUGGACAGUACACCAUCGAGUGUGACAAGGUCCCCUCAUUGCCCGAGUUCUCGUUCUUCUUUGGCAAGAAGGAGUACAAGUUGGCGGGAUCUGACUAUGUCCUCAACGCUGGCGGCUCCUGCAUCUCUGGAUUCAUGGGCAUGGACUUCCCCGAGUCUCUCAGCGACCUCUGGAUUGUCGGCGAUGUCUUCUUGCGCAAGUACUACUCUGUCUACGAUCUCGGCAAGAACCGCGUCGGCUUUGCCCCCGCCAAGUAA